UAUGAUAUAUUUUAAUAUAACAGUUUAAAAUUUCUACUUAAUAAAUAUAAAAUUAUUUACUAUCAUUACAGCAAAAUAUGUAAUAAAAAUUAACCAGAAACAAAACAGUCUCAUCUAAAUAAUUAAUCAAAAUAAAACUGAACCAAAAUAUUUACAAGUAAACAAUACGAAAUCAAGAUUUAUGCUUAAACACAAAACAAUGCGUCUUAUAGCACGAAAUAAUUUGAUAUUGAAUCCACGUAAAUUAAAAAUGAGAUUGUUUUCAUAACAACUUUAAUUUAACAAGAAAACUCAAAUUAUCAUUAAUUAGAAGAAAUCACAAACAAGAAUAUGUUUUAGAAAAAAAGCACAUGGCUAUCACUCCAAUAAAUAAUAACAAUUCAUGUAUAUAAACAUAAGCUUAUAGACAUACACAUAUUUAACCUUCUCACAAAGCUUAUCAGUCAUGAACCACAAUGAGGUUAUAAAAGUCAGAUAAGAUAAUUCAGCAUAUAUAAAACAUAUACUUAUGUGAAGAUGUCAUUUUAGUGAGGAUCUCGGUUGUUACUCUCAAAGUGCUUACUUAACUUUUUUAUAUUUUGAUCUAAAUUUUAUCGUUGUCGAAGUUGUAAAUUCAAAGCAAGUUUUGUCCAUUUAUAACUAAUUAUUUUCAACAAUUAAGUUCAAAAGAAUAAGGUCAAGGAAAAUGGCGGCAGUUAUACCAGCGGUUACAAAAAUAUCUCCAAGAGUUAUUAGAAUAUUGGGAUGUAAUCCGGGAAUUAUGACGUUACAGGGAACAAAUACAUACAUCGUUGGAACAGGCAAAAGAAGAAUACUAAUAGACACUGGAGAUGAAGGUGUACCUCAGUAUCUCAAUCAUUUAAGAUCAGUUUUGAAUUAUGAAGGGAUUGAUUUGGCUCAUAUUUUCAUCACUCAUUGGCAUCAUGAUCAUAUAGGUGGUCUCAAUGAUAUUUUAGUAGAACUUAAGGAAAAAACAAGAUAUUGUCAAAUAUGGAAGUAUCCUAGCUGUAAGGAUGAUAUAAAUAAAAAUGAAAUGAUAGAGCCUCUUAAAGAUGGUCAAGAAUUCGCAGUAGAAGGUGCUACAUUGCAAGUAUUUCAUACUCCUGGCCACACUGAUGAUCAUGUGGUAUUACAUUUAGUUGAGGACAAUGUGAUUUUUAGUGGAGAUUGUAUUUUGGGAGAAGGUACUGCUGUUUUUGAAGAUUUAUUCGAUUACAUGAACUCUUUAAAAAGUAUUGCCAAUCUUAACCCCACCACUAUAUUACCCGGACAUGGAAAUGUUAUACAGAAUCCAUCAGAAAAAAUAUCAUUUUAUCUAGCCCAUAGAGCUGAACGUGAGUCACAAAUUAUUCAAACCCUAAAUAGUAACAGAUCUAAAUCUUUUAACGAAGAAGACUUGGUUAGAAUAAUUUAUGUAAAUUUACCAGAAAAUCUAGUAAAAUCUGCACAAAGUAAUGUCAAUCAUCAUCUAGUAAAACUCCUUAGAGAACAAAGAGUGAAAAAACUGGACGACAGAUGGCAGGCAUGUGAUUUUAAUGAAGUCAAAAGUCGUUGAAAGUAUUAAUUUGUAUAAUUUAUAAAUUGAAAAGGCUGUUAUUAGUAUAAUUUUUUUAAUAAAUUUGUGAUAGUGUA